CUAACCAUGUGAAUAUAAUUGACCAAUCAGAGUCGAGCAGUAUUCGAGUUUGAAAACAUGGCGGAAAAAGAGGGCACAAACAGCAAGUCUGCGGCAGAGCUACGUUUGGAGCAGCUACAGAAGUGGCGUGAGGCUAGAGGUCGGCAGCACAAGCCGGGAAGGGAACCCCUGACUCCCGGUAUUAUACAACACGGCACCAAGGCCAACCUUCCACCCUCAAGGACAACCUCUACCAAGAAAUCAUCUGCUGUCAAAAGAAAACAGAAGGAAAAUGCAGCACAGGAAGACAGCUAUCUGGAGAGGUUUGAGCAGUGGCGUAGUGAGAAGAAAAAGAAGCAAGAAAGGGAGAGUACAAGCAAAAGACCCCCGUGGCGGCCGUGCAGUGCCAGUAAGACUAACCUGCUCUCCCAGCCCCUGACAAGGUGCUGUAACCACCACCACGGGGCUACAACCCGCAGCAGGAAGAGACUGGCCAUGGACGCAGGGGCUGCAGCUGGUCCUGGUGCUCAGAACAGCGCCAAGGAUCAGGACAACCAAAAACUGCACAUUGAGGACAACCAAGAAGUCAUGCCACUGGCACACAAUGAUGUGGACAACACUGCAGAACUACAACCAUUGGAAAAUGUCGACAUUGAGUUCAACCAGGACAACCUUGCAAAAUUCGGCAAUGAUGGGGACAACCACGAGGAUCCAGAAAACAUGAAAGAACUGCAACCACCUGUGAACAACAUGGAGAACAACCAGGACAACUUCAAAGAGUUUGAUCCAGAAGUCAUUCCCCAGCUUGGUAUCCUGGAGAACAACCAAGAAGAUAUUCCAGUAGAAGAAGAGGAGGAGGAGGAUGGAGCUCAACCUAACCACAUGGCAACUGAGCAUGAUCUAAGUCAGGACAUGAAGCAGGUAACUUUUGAAGAACAGUUCACAGAACUAAGCAGUCCAGGUGCUGAAGACCUGACAGAUGACACCACAGCACUCCCUCCUCACCCAGAUGCCCUGAAUGUUCCUGAAACUGAAACUGCAGCCAACACAGCUGUGACACCACUCAUACAUGUUACUGAUGGGGAGGCUGGUCUAAACAUGGAGAAUGGAACUGACAGUCAAGAGGAUGAUGACGACUUAGACAUCAUAGCAGCAGCAGCAGCUGUACCAAAGAAAAUGUCGAUGAGACAAAAGCUAGAACAGUGGCUGAAGGAAAAGGGGAAGACACCAUCCAGGUUCAACAGUAUCCUGACCUUCAGGACCCCGGCUCCAGGGUCUGCCCGGAGGAAGCUGAGGAAACGGAGAAGUGCUGCGCCCUUCUGGCCAGGCCUGGAGCAUGCUGGGAAGGAAGAGGAGCAUGCUGGGAAGGAUAUAGUGACCUUGGAGUUGGAAGCCAUCUUCCGGGAGUGUAUGUCUGCAAUUGAUGAGGGUUACCCAUCAGACAACAUCAGCGGUAUCCUGGACACUGUGUUCAGCUCCAUCCCCCAGUGUGUGCAGCACUCCCAGUACUGGCUGUGCCGGGCCAGGCUGGCCGAGGCGCAGGGGGACGACCACCGUGUGGUGUCCAUGUUUGAGAUGGCCGUGACAGCUCAUGCUGAGCCCUAUGAAGACAUCAAAGAUGCCCUGACAGCCUUUGUGUUGAGGAAAGAGGCAGAGCUGUCUCAGAGUCCGCAGGCCCCAGAGGAUAUAGAUGGGAUAGAUCACGUGCAGCCUACAGUUUUGUUCAAGACCCCGAGAAGGAGAUCUGCCUUCCCCAGGUUAGACCAGGGAGCAGCGUUUGACUCCUCCAUGAAGAUGUACUCAGUCACACCACUCUUUAGAAGGGCCCAUGGAGUGCUCAGGAAAGCUGCGGCAGUCCCGGUAGCAAAGGUGGCUCCGAUCGUGGUGACCCCGGUGCGCCGCUCGGCCCGGAUCCACCGUGCCUCCGCCCUCCAUCCGCCAGCGCUGCGUGAACAUGAUCCCUGCGUGUCGUCUCUCGCAGACGUGGCCGAGGACGAGUUUGUCCUGCGAGCCAACAAGGCGCUGGUAAGAGAGUCCUCUGUGGUGAACAGUGAUGACAGUGUACUGAGGUGUCCGUGAAGUGGUACAGUUUCACUGCACAAAUCCUAUCUUUGAGCACAUCUUUAGCUAAACUUUAUGCAAGUGAAGAAACAAAACAUAUAUGUGUGUUUUAAGGUGUUCUUAUUCCACUUAGAGAAUAGAUUUUGUGCAAUGUUUGUCUCACUGGAAAAGGAGAUAACAGAAUGGAGAAAUACAAGACUUACAUUGGACUCUGAACUGGUGAACUGCAUAAUCACCGUGGUUUACUGCAGUUUGAGUAACUUGAUGAUGUUCCCUUUUAACUAUGAAUUUGAUGUAUGUCGUCAUAAGUACUAGUAGUAUGCCCGUUUUUAAGGUCUUAGUAUAUUGAUAUGAAAUGAAAUACAAGUAUGUUUGCAAAAUUUAUCAAAGCUCUAAAGGUUGAAUUGCCGAUCAGUGCGAUCACAGACAUUACACACAGGCUUGUGCACAUUUACUGAAAUAUUACUGUUUUUCCUUAUAUUCUGCUUUAUAUUCAACAACAUUUGCUAUUAUUACACUUUCUCUGUGAUGUUUGAAAGAAGAAUGUCUAAAUCCAUAAACAGAUAACAUGUAUAUGAAGAGAUAUAUUAUUAGAACAUAGCUGCAGAUGAUGUAUAUGUUGUACAUGUAGUCACAACCAAUUAGACCUUACGGUUAGUAUUACAUCCCAUAAGAACAUCUGUAGCAGUUGCUUUGCCUUGUACUGAAAGUAGACAGUGUAAGACCAGUUAUGUGUUAUCUGUAAGCUGGCAGGGACAAGCUAGGGUGUAGUGAUUAGGGUUUGGCCUGUACAUGUCCCAUGUGUCUGCUUGAUCCAGAUAAUCCCACUUUCCUCGGUCUGGAUCCGCUGUAGGGGUGCUGGGAUUUAUCUGGUACUAGCAGCCAUCCAUGGGACUAUGGCCUGCCUGUGUAGUUGCUGCUUUAAGCACUUGGAAAUACACAAAUGUACAUGCUUCUAGAACAUACAAAUGAACUUGAUCUAUAAUAUUUUAUGCAAGCAUUUCAUUAUUCCACAAUACUUUAUCUUGUGUAUUGAAUUGCUUUUAUUGAAUGGCUAAACGUUUGGUCAGGGUAUAGAUAAGUAACUUUUAGUACUACUGAGGUUCCUUUAGUUUAUACCGUAAAAUAUUCUAGACUUAGUCAUCACUUCGUGCAUGGCAUACUACUAUUUUUAGAAUGA